ACUCGUGAGAGAGAAGACAAAACCAAAACUAAUCCCACGCUUUCCACCACCUCUUUCAUAACACCAAUCCAACAAAUUAUACUUUAACGAUCUUUAGAGAGAGAAUAUUUCAAUAAUCUAGUGAGAGAAACCAGAUAGUUCCGGCCACCGGCGAUGGCGGUGACUACUGACCGGAGAAAGACCAAAAAGAAGAGAGCUGUGUUCAGCUUAUGUCCGUUUUGGCAAACCGGAAGUAAUAAUACGACGUCGUCUUCUGCUUCUUCUACACAGAACUUAAGCCAAGCUUAUUAUAGUAACAAUAACGGUAACGGUGUUAAUAGUGGGAGUUACCGACACGGUGAGGUGAAUGGAAAUGAUAAUAAGAAGAAGGAUAGUUCGAAAACGGUGUCGUUAAUUGCUAGAUCUCUACUACCGGCUCGGCGGAGACUUCGUCUUGAUCCUUCUAAUAAUCUUUACUUCCCUUAUGAGGCAGGGAAGCAAGUGCAGAGUGCAAUAAGAUUAAAAAAUACUAGCAAGUCACAUGUUGCCUUCAAGUUCCAAACAACUGCACCAAAAAGUUGCUUCAUGCGGCCUCCAGGCGGCAUUCUGGCUCCAGGAGAAAUCCUCAUUGCGACUGUGUUUAAAUUUGUGGAACUUCCGGAAAACAAUGAAAAAGUAAUAGAUCAGAAGAGCAAGGUUAAGUUUAAGAUCAUGAGUUUGAAGGUGAAUGGAGGGACAGAAUAUGUACCUGAGUUGUUUGAUGAACAAAAGGAUCAAGUAACAGUUGAGAGAAUAAUGCGGGUGGUGUUUUUGGAUGUAGAACAUCCUAGUCCUGCAUUGGAGAAACUGAAGCGUCAGUUAGCUGAAGCUGAAGCUGCUGAUGAAGCACGUAAGAAGCCUCCACCCGACUCCGGGCCUCGUGUCGUUGGGGAAGGUCUUGUAAUAGAUGAAUGGAAAGAGCGGAGAGAAAAAUACUUGGCUCGACAAAAGGUUGAAGCAGUCGACUCUGCAUGAGUUGGGAUUAAUUGCCUUGUAAUUGCAUCGGAUAGAUUAGUGUGUUAGACUAGAUAGACCCUUAAGUUGAAUGCAAUGGAGGUCGAUGCAGAGAUUGCUACGAGGGGGCUUGGAAGGAGGAACUACGUCUCUUAUUUGUGGGAUGGAACAAUUUGCAAUGUCAGAGUACAGAUUUGAGCUUUUACCUUGUCUUGCAAGGGAAAUAAGUAAAUAUUGUCAGCUUUUGUUUGUAUAUUCUUUUAGGAACCUGGCACUCAUGUUUGAGCAUUUGGAAGUUAUAGUUGAUCAUAUUAUAGUACAUCUUUUACAUUUA